GAAUGACUCUAGAGCCGCUUAGUAAUCCAGCCUAAUAAUUGGCUGCAUGACAAGGCGCGAGUUUUUUUAAUUUUGUCAAUUCUAGCCUCGUCUAUCGUCCCCCCCCAAAAAUAAUUUAUUUCCCUCGAGAACGACCUUUCUACAAUUCCACCACCCAAGCAGCAACAUCGAUUCCCGACCGAACUCCUCAAUGUUACGUCAACACCGGUAGCACAAUCUCCAGCUUCCAAUUCGCACAACCAUAACCCAUCAUGUCUUCACGAGCAGCGACCUCGGCGCCAGCGGCCGAUGAUAAAAUCGCAGCCUUGAAAAAAGUCCUUUAUGACGAGUGUUUUGAAUCGUUCGAAGACAAUCCUACGUUUUUCCAAGAAGACUUGUUCGAACUCAAGGUUCUACCAAAUGAUGAUGUGGCUAUGCUGUUGGCCGUCACCCAGGGCCUCACAAAUGACAAAUUGUUCAAGGUGGUUCAGGAUUCGCAGAGGGGAAUUGGGUGGAAAUUGCGUACUCAAGAGGAAGCUAAGAAUUAUCGCAGUCUUUCCUCCGAACAAGAGAUUGUCUACGCUCUCAUCGAUGAAGCCGGCCAAGAAGGAAUAUGGACCAAAACCAUCAAGGCUCGGUCCAAUCUCCACGAUGCAGUUUUCCGCACGGCGCUCAAGCACCUCGAAACCAAGCAUUUGAUCUCAGAAAUGAAAUCUGUAGAGGCACGUAAUAGGAAGAUGUACAUCAAAUCCAGUCUGCAACCUUCCGAUCGAGCCACUGGUGGAGCAUGGUAUACCGACAAUGAACUAGACGAGGAGUUCAUCACACAAAUCUCGCAUAUUUUAUUUGAUCACAUUCACAGGAAAUCUUUUUAUAAAUCUAGUUUGGCGAGUUUGAGGAGGCCAAAGAAGGUCAUGGGAAAGAAAAUGUCCUCGGAGGAAGCAAAAGCAUUGAGAGACAAAACUUUAGGAUCCCGAGUCAAAAUCGAAGAUGUUACUGAAGACGAUGCUAUAGAUGGUGCUAGAAGACAUUACGAUGCUCUAUUACCUAUGCCACCCGGCUACCAAGGAUAUCCGACCCUCAAUGAGCUUACAUCCUUUAUUGAGAAUUCAGGAGCCACAGCUAUGACGUUAACUGCUCAGGAUAUCCAGCAAUUACUGGACAUAUUGAUUUUUGAUAAUAAGAUUGAGAGGGUUCUUGCGGGUCCCGAAGGUGUUUGCUAUAGGGCUGUAAGGAAAGGAUUUAGGGAGGAACAGGAAGGUGGCCCAUUUAGUGCCUUGACGGAUGUUCCGUGUGGACACUGUCCGGUUGUCGAUCUGUGUGAAGAGGGUGGGCCUGUAGGACCAAGUACUUGCGAAUACUUUCAAACAUGGUUGAAUAUUUAGGGCGAAAAUGGUUGUUUGGGAUAGGAUUCUAUUACAUAGCGACGGCCGGCUUUGGAGUUCAGGAAAGAUACCACAAAUGGGAGACAUCAAAAAUUCAGGCCUUUAUUCACA